UGUCGGUACUGUCUGGUCAGUGCAGAUAGUUUUCAGUCGACACUGUCUGGAUAGUGCAGUAGUCACGGCCAAAUAAAAAAUUGCCAUUUGCCAAGGAUACUUCACUUGGAAUCUGGUGCGACACUUUUUGCCCUGAGUGCAACCAGUGCGGCACCGGGGCAAUUUGAAAUUAGGCAAUUCAAACCACGUGACAUUCAAGAUGGCGUGGCGGCCACACAUGGAUCAAAAAACACAAAAAAAUGUCUAGUUUCUGCCCGACUUAAUAGUUUACGUACCUAGUGAGCAAAUAUUUUAUUGAAUAAUGAAAAUCAAAGCUCGAAACAAAAUAAUUAAAAUAUACUUGAAAACACAUAUUCGAAACAAACUUGCUGGCCGCCACGCCAUAUUGAAUUUCACGUUUUGACAGAUGGAUUGAAUUGCCUAAUUCGUUGUUUUGAUAUGUUCGACCCAGAGAUUUCGACCUUGUGUGUCCGAAUAUUUUCUUUAUCUUAUAUUUAUUUAUAUUUUUAAUUGGUAUUUUAUAUCCGAACAGCAAUGGAAAUCUGAAUGGAACAAACUUCUACUGCCACACUUUUUUGCCAAUUGAGUACGCUGGAAAGAAAAAACAGACCUCUAGUUGAUAUUUAGCAACCAAUCAAAUGCGACUUCGUAGCCGAAACUCCUCCCUGGACGUCAAUAAAUUAAUUGAAAGUUUUGACAUUUUCUGUUAUUAAAAAUAUUUUGAUUUUUGUGUUUUAUAUAGAAAUUACCAAACAUCUAAUAAUUAAUUUAGCUUCAUUUUCAUGUCGUGGCAAUCGCCAGAAUACUGUGAAGCCGAUGUGUAGCCAGUGCAAAUUUUGUGUUUUUUUUUGUUCCUAGAAAUCCUAGAUAAGUAAAAUAUCCGAAUUGGGAUCUUAUCUUCAACCUUUUUGCUUUCUCGAUAAAUAAUCUCAAAGAUACUCAUAAAACAUAAGUAUCUAAUAAAUUGAAUAAUAAUGAUUAAGUGAAAUAUUGUAUUUUAUAUAAUUUUUCGAUUUUCCCCAAAAAAUGUUCAAAGGGGGUAGUGAUUUGGUGUAUUUUGUGUUUGGUAACUUUGUGCUGCUGAUCCUACAUUCCAAAAUAGCAACAUGCACUUUCGAGGAAGUCAAGUUUAUGCCCAGAGAGGAACAGUUGGCUUUAAGGGACGAAGCAAGAGACAUGUUUUACCAUGCUUACAAUGCUUACAUGGAAAAUGCAUAUCCAGCUGACGAACUUAUGCCUUUAAGUUGUCAGGGAAGAUAUAGAGGUUUGACACCUAACAGAGGAGAUAUAGAUGAAUCUUUGGGAAACUUUUCUCUCACCCUGAUUGAUACUUUAGACACCUUGGUAGUCCUCAAUGAUUUAGAAGAAUUUGAACACGCUGUCAAGCUGAUUAUAAAAGAUGUUAACUUUGAUAAUGACGUUCUUGUAUCAGUAUUUGAAACCAAUAUAAGAGUUGUAGGAGGUUUACUCUCGGCUCAUAUCCUAGCAGAUCUUUUGCAGCAAAGAGAUGGCAUAAUGCUUUGGUAUAACGGCGAAUUGCUCAACAUGGCCAAAGAUGUUGGAUAUAGGCUAUUGCCUGCCUUUAAUUCAACUACAGGAAUUCCUUAUUCUAGAAUAAAUCUUCGAUAUGGGAUUAAAAGUGACAGAAUUGAAGUUCUUAGGGAAACCUGUACUGCUUGUGCAGGCUCGAUGAUUUUGGAAAUGGCAGCGCUCUCAAGACUUACAGGAGAACCAAUUUUUGAAGAAAAAGCUCAUAAAUCUAUGGACGAACUUUGGAAAAUGCGUCACAGAAGCUCCGAUUUAAUGGGCACGGUACUCAACGUCCAUUCGGGCGACUGGGUGCGCAGAGAUUCCGGUGUUGGGGCUGGAAUCGACUCGUAUUAUGAAUACUGUCUUAAGGCUUAUAUUUUAUUGGGAGAUAAUAAAUAUUUAAAUAGGUUUAAUCGUCACUAUAAUGCUGUAAUGAAAUACAUAUCGCAGGGACCUAUGUUGUUGGAUGUUCAUAUGCAUCGGCCACAUACAACAUCAAGAAAUUACAUGGACGCCCUUCUAGCCUUUUGGCCUGGCUUGCAAGUUCUCAAGGGCGACAUCAAACCAGCAGUAGAGACUCACGAAAUGCUUUAUCAAGUCAUGCAAAGGCACACAUUCAUACCCGAAGCCUUCACUACUGAUUUUCAAGUCCAUUGGGGUAAUCAUCCACUCAGGCCUGAGUUUCUUGAAUCUACAUACUUUUUGUAUAAAGCAACAGGAGAUCCUUACUAUUUAGAUGUAGGAAAGAAUGCCUUAAAAAGUUUGCAAAAAUAUGCCAGAGUGCCUUGCGGGUAUGCUGCUGUCAAUGAUGUCAGGACAGGCAAAAAAGAAGAUAGAAUGGAUUCCUUUGUAUUAGCUGAAACCCUAAAGUACCUUUACCUACUAUUUGCAGAUAAAGAGGAUAUUCCUUUUAAUUUGGACGAGUUUAUUUUUACCACAGAAGGUCACUUGUUUCCUUUAACUUUAUCAGGACACGUCAACUCUAGCAAAAUCAUAUCAGAUUUGGAAAUAGACAAAUCCGAAUAUGCAAUGUCCUGUCCUAAUACUUUAUCAUUAUUCCCCAAUGAUUUAAGAAAACCUUUGAAACAUAUGGUGGAUGGAAUGUGUCCUAGAAGAAACAUUAAUAAAAGAAGAUUGACAGCUAGCGAAUUUUCAGCUGCAAAUGUUAAUCAUUUAAAGAUUAUCAAAGAAAUGGGAAUCAAUAUAAUUGCUUUGAGGGAUGGUAGAGUGCAAUUACUGCACACACCAACGGCGGCUCGUUCCAAUAUUGACGCCGAAGAGGGUCUAAUGUUCAUGCAAGAAAUGGCCGAAUUAUCAAAGUUACAAGCAUCACAACCGGAGCCACCUCCACAAAUUGUUUCAUUUCCCAUGAAAGACGAAACUGCCAAAGGAGGAAUCGAAAUUAUCAACGCUCAAGUUGGCCCUGCUCAAUUUGGAGAAAUACUCAAAGGCGACAAAGUUUUAAAAUCUGCUGCUGUUAAGUUUUCUCCUUUCAACGGAUGCAGUGAUUUGGAUCAGUUUCAAAGGCCGAUUUUGGCUAAAGGCAUUAUUGCUAUUAUUGAAAGAGGGGAUUGUAUGUUUAUUGACAAGGUUCGUCGAGCACAAAAAUUCGGUGCAAUUGCCGCCAUAGUCGUAGACAACGUUCCUAAUAGUAGCGCCUCAAACUCGCCAAUGUUUUCCAUGUCCGGAGAUGGUACUGACGACGUCAAAAUCCCGGCUGUGUUUAUGUUUUCCCAAGACGCUCAGAAACUUUUGAAGGCGCUAAAAAUGAAUCCGCUCAUGGAAGUUACCAUGAGGGAAAUCAGUGUGAAUAACUUGGACAAUGAAGAGAGUAUGUUUCAGAAACUGAAGGUCUCAGUUCAAGAAUUCCUAAAUAAACACACUGGCCUGGGCUUUGAAAAAAUCAUUGAAGAAAGCGGCUUUAGAGCUCAAAUAGGGCCAGAUAAAGUCAGGAUCACCUUCGAACAGCACCAAUCUUCAGAUACUCCAAUUUUCAAAGAUAAGGAAUCUAAUCCCCAAUGGUCUCAUAUCCGUAAAGAUUUAUUAAAAUCCAUUCUCCAAUCUGAAACUAAAGAAUUAUAUGUGCCGUUGAAUAUUUUGAGAGUUUAUUAUAAAACUCUAAGCGGCGAUGAAAUUCACUUACAAGACUCUGUGGAGCAAGCCAAAUGGUUAUUGUCAGAAUUAUCCAAAGAAUAUUAUUCUCAAGAUGACGAUUCUUUGGUGAAACCAAGUCCAGCAAGUGAAACUUCAAUUUUGGCCAACGUGGACCAAUUGACCAAAGAAACUCGGAAAGAAAAUCAAGUUUUAGAUAAAGUUUUCAAACUGGAAAAAUUAUCUCUGUUAAUGGAUAGUUUAAAUGAGUUGCAAAUGAUUGAAAAUGAAGAAGAGCUAUUAAAAGUUUUGACAAAAAUUAAUAAAAAAGGCGGACUUUCAAUAAAAGAUGAACUUAUAAAAAAUAGUGAUGAAGAAAAUAAAGAUUCAGAUGUUAAAGUUCAAAGCGAGAUCACACAUGUUCCGGAUGAAUUAUGAUGUUAUUAAAAGAAUUUAGGAUAUUUUAAUUUUUUAUAUCAAUGUUUUUCCGAGAGAUAAGGCUUAAAAAAUAUCAAUCUUUUGUUGAGCUAAUCUUCCUAUAGAAAAUUCCAGAACUAGACAAAUGUUAGCCAUAACCAUAAUAACAAGCAGGGUAUAAAUCUUUUUUGUAUUUGGCACAUAGCUCAUUAUAAACAACCUCUUAUUUUCCACUGUUCUCCAAGCAAUUUGAUAUUGUGGAUCUGUAAGUUUGUUGAUCUCUAUCCGUUUACAUAUAUACUAAAUUCUCAAAGGCUAAAACAAUGCAAGGGUAGAAAUACCUUUUGUUUUUACCUUUUUCAAUCUUUCCAGAAUUUUGUGCCUCUGUCCUUAUCUUGAAAAAUCCAUUUGUUUGUUACUGUUUAUUUUUAUUAAUUGCACAGGCAGUGAGAUGCGUGAUCUUUUUUUUUUCAGGGCAAAUAAUUCAUCUUGUACUUCAAAGUGUACAUAGUAUAAUUUAUUUAAAUGUACAAACUGUAAGAAAUAUUUUUAUAUGUUAUUUAAAAAAAUUGUUGAGUGUAAAUAAAAGUUUUAUCAA